ACGGCCCUCGUCAUCCGAUCCAACCCCCAACCUCCCCUGGCCCCUGGGCCUGGCCGUAUAAAGGUCCCCCGCGGGUGACGUCUCGUCGUCUCGGCCCACAACCUCAGCUCCGCCGCUUCUGCUCUCUACCGGCUCUCGCCUCGCUUCGUCUACACGCUACCGCCGAACAGCCGCUCUCUCCUCCCGAACCCCCCCGCUAGUUCGCCGCCGCCGUUCGCCCCCACAUGGCCGCCGCGUCGUCCGCCACCUCCGUCCACGACUUCACCGUCAAGGAUGCCAGCGGCAAAGACGUUGACCUCAGCACCUACAAGGGGAAGGUUCUUCUCAUCGUUAACGUCGCAUCCCAGUGUGGCUUAACCAACUCCAACUACACCGAGCUGGCCCAGCUCUAUGAGAAGUACAAGGACCAAGGCUUUGAAAUUCUGGCUUUCCCAUGCAACCAGUUUGGUGGGCAGGAGCCUGGUACCAACGAGGAGAUUGUGCAGUUUGCCUGCACACGCUUCAAGGCUGAGUACCCCAUCUUCGACAAGGUUGAUGUCAAUGGUAACAAUGCUGCGCCCAUCUACAAGUUUCUGAAAUCUAGCAAGGGUGGCCUUUUUGGCGACAGCAUCAAGUGGAACUUUUCCAAGUUCUUGGUUGACAAGGAGGGACGUGUUGUGGAUCGCUAUGCUCCAACAACUUCACCUCUGAGCAUUGAGAAGGAUAUCAAGAAGCUGCUUGGGAGCUCUUAAAGAAUAUCUAGCUCGAAAACUGUAUAAAAAACUGUAUGAGCAUUGCUCUGAGCGCUAAAAUAUCGAAUAAUGUUGUGUUAAUAAAGUAGUGCUCCGUAUUUGAGAGGUUGCAGUACCUGUUCUAUUUUCCUUGCAUGCACUCUGUACUUGUAUAUGCCCUUCGAAUGAAUUCCAAUGCUGUAUCAGUUGGCUACCCCA